AUGUCUGGAGUGCUUCACGCCUUGCGGCGCUGCGUCGCUCCGGUGGCUUGCAACCCCACCGGACCGCCUAUGCGGGGAAUCGAAGAGCUGUGGAAGGGAGGUUACUUAGAUCCAUCCUUGCCAGCCUCUGUCAAAAACUCACUCGCAGUCGCUGGAGAUGCAUGGCCUGCGCGGCUGCUCCGUCAGAAAUCCUUCGACGAUCUGCACAAACUCUGGUUUGUGUUGCUGAAGGAAAAAAACCUUUUGCUCGGGGAACGCUGGGCCGCCUGGCAGGCUAAGACGCAAAUGAAGCACCCAGAGAGACUCAAGAAGGUAAAGCUGAGCAUGAAACGGAUCCUGACAGUCUUGUCUAGGCGGGCUAUUCACGAGCAGUGUCUCUUCGCGCAACGCCUGCUGCAGCAACAGCAAAAGCGCGAAGCCCUCGAACUGCAACGGCACGAGUUGGAGCGGCACAUGCUGCAGUUGCAGCAAAAGAUAAGGCUACAGCAAAGGCAGCAGGAGCAACAACAACGCAGCCGCAGCAGCUUGGCGUGCCUCGCCUGGCAGCAGCAAUUGGAGACAGCCAAAAGCAAGCACGAAGAGCUUCUUAUACUGCUAAAGCCCCUGCGGCACGAAGUACAGAGCCUGCUGGCUCCUGACUGGCGGUACGAGCGGCGCUUCUCCGAUUUGCCCGGUCCAAUCACCUGGAGGAAGGAAUUCCUCCCCGUCCUGCGUAACAAGAAAAAGAUCUUCAAGUUUUAG